AUGGACACUUCUCACACUACAAAGUCCUGUGUACUCAUCCUUCUUGUGGUCCUACUGUGUGCAGAAAGAGCUGAGGAGCUGGAAUGCUAUAAUUGCCAGGGAGUUCCACUUGGGGUUGCCUGCAAAUCAGUUACCUGCCCCUACCCUGAUGGAGUCUGAAUUUCUCAGCAGGUAGAAUUUACUGAGGACUAUCAAAGAAGGAAAAUAAAGAACAAACUCUGCUUUCCUUUCUGCCCUGCUAAUCUUGACAAUAUGGAGUUCCUGGAUACUACCGUCAAUGUGAACACUUCUUGUUGCAAGAAAGACCUCUGCAAUGUAGCAGAUUUCACUGGAGGCAGCACCUGGACCAUGGCAGGGGUGCUUCUGUUCAGUCUGGGCUCAGUCUUCCUGCAGACCUUGCUGUAA